CCCAAACAGUGUCGAUGAGUUUGAGGAAAAUUAAUCAAUACUUGACAGAAAACAGCGACAUAAGGGGCUUCAUACUUUCACUCCACGAUAAAAAUGUUGAUACCCUCCCAUCAUUCGAUUAUUCGCCUACAAAGGUACUCAAGCACGUUUUAAAGCGGCUGGGUAUGAAAAAAAUUAUCAAGCGUAACAAUAUAAGCAUAUGUUACCCGAAAAUGUAUUCUGUUUUUUUGUUUUUUGAAGAAAUUAUGUCCGGUCUAUUUAAUGUAAGUCCGUCGUAUUUCUGCGAUCUUGUUAAACACCUGGACCAGAGCGAACAGAUAAAUAUUCUUCGCAAUAAGCGGGUAUUAACGCCACUUAUCGUUAUUUGUAUGGAACAAAGAAUACAAACCGUGUCGGUGAACGACUUAAUUGUAGAAGAUAAAAAUCAAACAACGCAGACAUAUAAAAAUUUCAUGGUAUUCCUUAAAUGCGCCAGCCUGGAUUAUGAGAGAGCCACAGAAAUUCUUAACAAGCUAAACUACAAUUGCUUGUGCGACAUGAUAGUACAUAGCAAGUAUAAGGAGGUGCGUGCGUAUAUCAAGGAGUUAAAUUACUAUUUUCCACAGUUUAACAGUCUGGCACAUCUAAUACAGAGCGAUCCGAACAAACACUACGAAGACAAAAGCAUUGAUUUUCUUAACGAUCCUCUCAAAAUCCCCAUAAAAUUUAGGGCACUGCCGUAUUUCAAGGCAUCAAUUGAAUACCUGCAGAACAAAACGGGGUACAAAUUGGAAAACGAUAGAAGAUUGGUGCUGAUUUAUUUUAUUGAAGCAUAUCAAAAGAGAAGGAAAAAAGAUAUCAAGCACGUGGCAAAGCUCCAUAAUUUUGUUGAAUGCGCUGUUAAAGAGGAUGUAAUGGUUCUAAAAAUUUUAAUUCUGAGGGGUUUCUUUCAUGAGGCGUACCACCAUAUCUUAGAAAGGGAGUUUCGAACGAUUUUGGGUUGGUACAAAAAGGAUGAAGAAAAUUUGUACUUGAGUAGGAUCGUAAACGGGAUUUUGACGGGAAGAUACAAGAAUCGUCUUGAUGGAGAAAUUCGUGCUGGUAAUAAUUUAUGAGUUACCUGUAGAACGGAGCAUACAGCUAAAGCGAGCCGAGUUCAUCAUACAAAUAAAUCAUCCCUUGUUGUGGUAGUGAUACAUUGAUAUCUGAAUCCUUAGGGUAAAUCCUCCCAUAUUUACCAACGAUGUUACAAAGUCAUG